AUGAGUGCACACAAGACAUCGGCGGUGGUGGACGAGACUGAGCCCCUUGACGUGCUCUUUGUCCUACACCCCAAGUUCAACUUGUUGGACUGGGCUGGUCCUUGGGAGGUGUUCCAGACUGCUCUUCACGACGUCAACGAACCUGACAACAAGGCGUUCGACUGCACCAUCGCUGCCGAUGAGAAGAAUGUUCUUUCCGACCAGGAUGUUUCCAUCGUCGGUCAGAUCCCAUACAAGCAGGCAUAUGAGGAUCUCAAGAAUUACGACGUGCUCGUAGUGGUCGGUGGCAACACUGACGAGAUUAUUGAGAAAGAGGCCGAGCCCUUGGGCCUCAUUGCGGCCUUUGCCGAACUGCAACAGGCUGACCCAGUCCGCGAGAGGACUCUGUUCUCUGUCUGCACUGGCUCCCACUUCCUCGCCCACAAGGGUAUUCUCGCCGGCCUUGCUGCCACCACCCACCCUGACUACCUGACGAGGUUUGAAAACAUCUGCAGUCGUGCCGCUACCCGCGACUUAGACGAGCGUACCGACGUCCAGGAGGGCGUCCGCUAUGUUGUGAACAAUCUGCGAUUCGACAUUGGCGACGAGGACGAGAACCCUUACAUCCGCCGAAAGUCGGAUGCUCGCCGUCCCUCCAACGCAAGGAAGGGAAGCAUCUCUUUGAGGGGCUCCAGCACCCGAGAGAACAUCGCUCGCCGUGCUGCCAAGCGUCUCGGUGGCCUCCGUGUCAUCACCAGCGGCGGUGUCGCUGCCGGUACUGAUGCCGCCCUGUAUCUUGUCGGGGCUCUUGUCUCGGACGAGUCUGCUAAUGCCGUCGCCCGAAGCCUCCAGUGGACCUGGCAGAAGGGCCUUGUCGUUGAUGGUGUUGAUGUUUAA